AUGUGGGUGCAUAAAGAGCGCGUUCACAGGAAGGGAAACGGGUCACGUGUCCAACAGCAUAACGCCUUUGUCCUGCAGUACUACGAGCUGCAAGUGUACUACAACAGAAACGUGAUCCGGGGGAACACGGCUGUGCUCAAGUGUACAAUACCGAGUUUCGUCCGGGAAUACAUCACUGUCACAUCUUGGGUCCAGGACUCCAAGUUCAACAUAUACCCGACUACAAAGGGCGAGGGGAAGUACCACAUGCUGCCGUCUGGGGAGCUGCUCAUCCGACGAGUGGAUGAUGAGGAUAAGUUCCGCAGCUACCAGUGUCGGGCUGUCAACAGGCUGACAGGGACCACCUUGCUGAGUGGUGGCCGAGCAAAGUUCUCCGUGACAGAUCCCCCCGUCGCGUCUGCCCCGCGGCCGUUGGAGAAGCAAGCCUCCAUGCAGGUUCGCAAGGACCAGACAGCCGUGCUGCCGUGUUACGUCGAGGGGAACCCCCCACCUGCAAUCAGGUGGUUUCGCCAAGACCAUCACCAGCUGCGCGCCCUUGCAGAAGCAGACGACCGCAUAUACAGAGCAGGGGAAUGCCUGAUUAUCCAGCACGUUGUGGAGAGUGACGCUGGGCGGUGGGUAUGUGUGGCCAACAACACCGCAGGGGUGGAACGCAUGGACGUCGUCCUACACGUCACGUCGCCUCUAAACGUUGUCAUACAACCGUCGGGGCAGCUCACCGUGGAUGUAGGAGGCAAAGCAACACUCACUUGCCACGUCAGUGGGUCCUCCCCUCACCUUCCUGCCACGCGAACCUGGCUGAAGGAUGGACACGUCGUUGGUCCUGGAGGGGAGGCUCUCGUCCUCGAGAAGGUGCAGAGGGAGGACGCUGGCAUGUACCAGUGUCUGGUACGCAGUGAGGACGACAGCGCGCAGAGCUCUGUGCAGCUGCGAUUGGGAGCUGCCCAUCCUCAACUUCUGUACAAGUUCAUCUACCAGACGAUGCAGCCAGGACCUCCCGUGUCUCUCAAAUGCAUCGCGACUGGCAACCCAACGCCUCAUAUCACGUGGCAUCUGGACGGCUUCCCGCUGCCGCAAAGCGACAGGUUUGUUAUUGGUCAGUAUGUAACUCUUCAUGGUGACGUCAUCAGUCAUGUAAACAUCAGCAACGUUCAGGUUGAAGACGGCGGGAUCUACCGGUGCACAGCGACCAAUCGCGUAGGAGAGGUCAGCCACUCCGCGGAUAUGCGAGUCUAUGGUCUUCCCUAUAUUCGGCCAAUGCCCAAUAUGUCGGCUGUGGCUGGAGAACGUCUGUACGUGGCUUGCCCUGUUGCCGGCUAUCCUAUAGAGUCCAUCGUCUGGCAGAAAGAUGGACGGCGUCUUCCCCUGAACAGGCGGCAACACAUAUUCCCAAAUGGCACACUGUUACUGGAGAACGUGCAGGGCGACCCUGACCGUGGUAUAUACCGGUGUACUGCGUCCAACAAGCAGGGCCGCACGGCCACGCAGACACUUCCUCUCAAUGUCAUAGCACCUCCGAAAAUUUCCCCAUUUGCUUUUCAAAUGGAUCUGCAUCUCGGAAAUCGCGCUGGUGUGCAAUGUCUUGUCACAAACGGAGACCUGCCCCUGACCAUUGAAUGGAGGAAAGAUGGCGGACCUGUUGACAUGGAUGUGAGCGUGCAGCAGCUGGGAGAAUUCACCAGUUCGCUGAGCAUUGACAGUCUGAGGCCUCAUCAUGCUGGAAACUACACGUGCCUGGCUACGAACUCAGCUGCCCAGGCAUCUCAUUCCUCCAGGCUCCUGGUGAACGUUCCACCACGCUGGGUGUUGGAGCCAAGGGAUCGUAAUGUCACAAGGGAUGAUUCAGUUAUCUUCCAUUGCCAGGCUGAAGGUUUCCCAACCCCAACUUUGACUUGGAGGAAAGUAAUUGGAAGGCAGCCGAAUGAAUACCAGGAUUUGUCGAUCCAUGGUAGAGGUGUACAGAUUUUUCCAAAUGGCACACUCCUGAUACAACCUGUAUUGCAAGAGCACCAAGGUCAGUAUUUGUGUGAAGCCAUCAAUGGUGUUGGGGCAGGCCUCAGCGCAGUUGUCUCCUUGAUUGUACAUGUUCCCCCUGAAUUUGAAGUCAAGUCGGCUCAGUCUAGUGUCCGCCGAGGUUCGUCACAGACUUUACAGUGCCAAGCCAUAGGAGACGGCCCCAUGAGUAUAGAGUGGCAACGUGAAGGCGUUCGGUUUCCCGCUCUUCUUCAGCCCAGAUAUGAGGUGAAGGGAACACCUGUGAAAGGCGGAUAUUUAUCAGAACUACACAUCACCGAUACGGCAAAGUCGGACAGUGGAACAUUCACUUGCAUUGCCAAAAAUCCAUAUGGAAGAGCAGAACGCAUUGUCCAUCUUCAGGUUCAAGAUGCACCUGGUCAACCUCAGGAUUUGCGCGUGGUGGAUACUAGUAGUCGCAGUGUCCAACUGGCAUGGCUGGCACCAAGAGAUGACCGUAGCCCUGUCCUGCAGUAUGUGGUGCAGUACCAACAAGAAUCUAAUUCCCGUUAGUAAUCUGUAAUAUUGCAAUGUCAAGCUUGCAGCCUUCCGCAACAACAAUAUAUACAGUGUUGUUACUUUUCAUAUUUACAGCCUUGUUAAAUUAAUAGAAUUACUUUAAUAGAGGUCAUGUUACUGAUAGACUGUUAUAUCUCACAAGCAAACCACUGGAUGGCAUGCACCCUAGUGACAAGCUUGGAGGGGGCACGUGUGCAGUUCCAUUAUUCAAAAUAUCUAGUGGUGGUAGUAAAGUAAAGUAAAAAAAAGUAAAGUUAUCCCUGUAACAGGCCGUGAAGG